AUGUCGUUCGCUAUCAACCCCAACACCCCGCAAUCGCAGGCCGUAGUCAGUCACAACAAUGCUACUCAAGGGCACGGACUGACGGCCAACGACGUCGCUGCCGACGCCGCACAAGACCUGGAAAAGAGAAGCUCCGACGAGACCCUGAUGGAGCGCGAUGAAAUCGUUGACGCCCAGGUCGGCGAACUCGCUCGACAGUUGACACGCCAAUCCACUCGUUUCGCAGCCAAAGGAGGUCUCCAGAAUCCAUUUGUCAUAGAUGACCCCGAGUCAAGUCUCAACCCGCACAGCCCCAACUUCCGAGCGAGGGAUUGGAUCAAGAUGCUGUUUGAGCUGAGAUCAGAAGAUCCCGUCAAUUUCCCACAAAAACAGGCUGGAAUCUCGUUUCGCAACCUGAGUGUUCACGGUUUUGGUUCUCCUACAGACUACCAAAAGAAUGUCCUUAACUCGGUGCUUGAAAUUGGAACACUAGUUCGAAGAGCUGUCGGCGCCAAGAUGCACAAGGUCCAGAUUCUGCGCGACUUUGAAGGCCUGGUUAAGAGUGGUGAAAUGUUAGUUGUGCUUGGAAGGCCCGGUAGUGGUUGCACAACUUUGUUGAAGACCAUUGCUGGUGAGAUGAACGGUAUCAACAUGUCGGAGGACGCCGUGGUGAACUAUCAAGGUGUCCCCGUCAAGGAAAUGCACAACAAUUUCAAAGGUGAAGCCAUCUACACCGCCGAGACUGACGUCCACUUCCCCCAACUCACUGUCGGCGAUACGCUUAAGUUCGCUGCUCUCGCAAGAUCGCCCCGAAACCGCUUCAAGGGUGUCACUCGUGAUCAGCACGCUACACAUAUGAGAGAUGUGAUCAUGGCAAUGCUUGGUCUUUCACAUACAAUCAACACUCGUGUUGGUAACGACUUCGUUCGUGGUGUUAGUGGUGGUGAGCGAAAGCGUGUCAGUAUCGCUGAGGCUACUUUGAGUCAGGCCCCCCUGCAAUGCUGGGACAAUAGUACUCGAGGUCUCGACAGUGCAAACGCUUUGGAAUUCUGUAAGAAUCUGGCUCUUAUGAGCAAGUAUGCAUCCACGACUGCCUGCGUCGCCAUCUAUCAAGCUUCUCAAAGUGCGUACGACUGCUUCGACAAGGUGACUGUGCUUUACGAAGGGCGACAGAUCUAUUUCGGAGGAGCCACCGAGGCCAAGCAAUUCUUUGUCGACAUGGGAUUCGAAUGCCCUGAACGUCAGACAACUGCUGAUUUCCUGACCUCUCUUACCAGCCCUCAAGAGCGCAGGGUCCGCCCUGGAUUUGAAGGUCGCGUUCCGGAAACCCCUGAUCAAUUUGUUACCGCCUGGAAAAACAGCGAGGCACGAGCCAAGCUUAUGCGAGAGAUUGAACAAUUUGAAUCGCAAUAUCCUCUUGGGGGUUCAUCGCGUGAUGCCUUCAUUGAUGCUCGCCGUGCUGCGCAGUCAAAACGCCAGCGCACCAUGUCUCCAUACACCAUCUCAGUUUGGGACCAGGUUGCCCUUUGCACCCACCGAGGCUUCCUACGUCUCAAGGGUGAUGCCAGUCUGACUCUCAGUGGUUUGAUCGGAAACUUCAUCAUUGCUCUGAUUGUGGCGUCUGUCUUCUACGAUCUUGGCGAGGACACCGCAAGUUUCUAUGGACGUGGAGCCCUGUUGUUCUAUGCCGUCCUUCUCAGUGGUUUUUCCAGCGCUCUCGAAAUCUUGACAUUAUACGCUCAACGUCCUAUUGUCGAAAAACAAGCCCGUUACGCUUUUUACCACCCAUUCACGGAGGCUAUCGCGUCUAUGCUCUGUGAUUCGCCAUACAAGAUUAUCAACUCCUUCACCUUCAACCUUCCGCUCUACUUCAUGACCAACCUCCGCCGAACUGCAGACGCCUGGUGGACUUUCUGGCUUUUCUCCGUCGUUACCACCUAUACCAUGUCCAUGCUUUUCCGAACUCUUGCGGCGACGUCUCGCUCUUUGUCGCAAGCACUCGUCCCUGCGGCCGUUUUGAUUCUUGGUAUGGUCAUCUAUACCGGCUUCGUUAUUCCGACCAAGUAUAUGCUUGGAUGGUCUCGUUGGAUGAACUACAUCAAUCCUAUUGCUUACUCCUUUGAGAGCUUUUUGGUCAAUGAGUUCGCCGACCGCGAGUUCGCUUGUUCGGCUAUCGUUCCUUCUGGAGGUGUGUAUGACAGCGUCUCCAUGCAAUAUAGGAGUUGUAGCACCGUAGGUGCCGCCGCUGGUUCCAGCACUGUCCAGGGAUCAUUGUACCUUGAGGAAAGCUUUGCCUAUGUCAAGGGUCAUGAAUGGAGGAACUUGGGUAUUCUGUUUGUUUUCAUGGCGGGUCUCGGCGCAAUCUACCUGCUUGCUACCGAGUAUAUUUCGGAGGUCAGAUCAAAGGGUGAAGUUCUGCUCUUCCGUCGUGGACACAAACCAGCAAACCUCUCCUUCCCCGGCAGCUCUACCGAUUUGGAGUCUUCAGUUGGCGCUGUCUCUGAAAAGAAAGCUAGCGGAUACACCACUCCCGGAGCCGCAUCAACUGCAAACGCUGGCACUGCGACUCCAACUAGAGAUGUCCAGAUUCAAAGACAAACGGCUAUUUUUCACUGGCAAGAUGUGUGCUACGAGGUCAAGAUCAAGAGCGAAACUCGACAAAUUCUCGAUCAUGUUGACGGUUGGGUCAAGCCUGGCACAUGCACGGCAUUGAUGGGUGUAUCUGGUGCGGGUAAAACUACAUUGUUGGAUGUGUUGGCUACUCGAGUUACCAUGGGAGUUGUUUCUGGAGAAAUGCUUGUUGAUGGUCGACCACGGGAUCAAUCCUUCCAGCGCAAAACCGGUUAUGUCCAGCAGCAGGAUGUUCACUUGCCUACAUCCACCGUUCGUGAGGCCCUCCAAUUUAGUGCCUUGUUACGUCAACCCGGACAUCUGAGUCGCAAGGAAAAACUCGACUAUGUUGAUGAGGUGAUCAAGCUUCUUGAUAUGGAGGCUUAUGCAGAUGCUGUCGUUGGUGUUCCGGGAGAAGGGUUGAACGUUGAGCAACGUAAGCGACUUACCAUAGGUGUCGAGCUAGCUGCACGACCCCAACUACUUUUGUUUUUGGAUGAGCCUACUUCCGGUCUUGACAGUCAGACGUCCUGGUCUAUUCUUGAUUUGAUUGAUACCUUGACACGCCACGGACAAGCUAUUCUCUGCACCAUCCACCAGCCCUCCGCCAUGUUGUUCCAGCGAUUCGACCGACUUCUUUUCUUGGCCAAGGGUGGAAAGACGAUUUACUUUGGGGAUAUUGGUGAGAACUCAAAGAUCCUGUCCGAUUAUUUCGAGAGAAAUGGCGCGACUCCUUUGUCUCAGGGGGAAAACCCUGCUGAAUGGAUGCUUGAAGUUAUUGGUGCAGCUCCAGGUUCGCAUACAGAGAUCGACUGGCCCGCAGUUUGGCGCAAGAGUCCUGAGCAUACUGGAGUGAAGGAACACCUUGCUGAGUUAAAGGCAACUCUCUCCAUCAAGGAACCAGCUCCUCAAUCCAACGACCCUGGUGCUUUCCGCGAAUACGCUGCUCCUUUCCGUGUCCAGCUGUGGGAAACUAUGAAGCGAGUUUUCUCGCAGUACAACCGUACACCCAUCUACAUCUAUUCCAAGUUGGCUCUCACCGUGUUAAGUGCUCUUUACGUUGGAUUCUCAUUCUUUCACGCAAAGAACACUAUUCAGGGUCUCCAGAAUCAAAUGUACAGUGUUUUCAUGUUGAUGACUGUCUUUGGUAACUUGUGUCAACAAAUCAUGCCCCUGUUCGUCACUCAACGUGCUCUUUACGAAGUGCGUGAACGGCCUGCAAAGACCUACUCCUGGCAAGCUUUCAUGAUUAGCAAUAUCUUUGUCGAAUUGCCUUGGAACACGCUCAUGGCCGUGCUGAUGUUUCUCUGCUGGUACUACCCGAUUGGAAUGUACAACAACGCCAAACCCACUGAUAGUGUCCACGAGCGAGGUGGUCUCAUGUUCUUGUUAAUCUGGGUAUUCUUGCUCCUGACCUCGACUACCGCGCAUUUGGUUGUCGCUAGUAUCGAGACUGCCGAAACAGCUGGUAACAUUGUCACGCUACUCUUUUCGCUCUGCUUGAUUUUCUGCGGUGUCCUUGCUACCCCUCAGGCCAUGCCUGGAUUUUGGAUCUUCAUGUACCGCGUCUCGCCAUUUACAUAUCUGGUACAAGGUAUGUUGUCCACUGGUCUUUCUGGCACGAAUGUCGAAUGUGCGCCUGUUGAGUAUGUCACAUUCGACCCUGCUCCUGGAUAUUCCACAUGUCUUGACUAUAUGUCCGGAUAUAUCAACGCAGCGGGUGGCUACCUUUUCGAGCCUAAUGCCACAUCCAACUGCCAGUACUGCACCAUCGCCAGCACCGACACUUUUCUUGCUUCGAUCAACACGUACUUUUCGCAAGCAUGGCGCAAUUUCGGUAUCAUCUGGGUGUAUAUUAUCGUUAAUAUUGCCGGUGCCACCUUGAUUUAUUGGUUGGCUCGUGUGCCCAAGGGCAAGAAGUUUGCUGGAUCUUCUUAA